AAGAACAAACUAUUAAGCUAAGAACAAGCUCAUUGAGGGAGAGAGAGAGAGACAGGGGGAAGGAAUGAGUGGAGAAGGGAAGGUAGUAUGUGUGACUGGUGCUUCCGGUUAUAUAGCUUCAUGGCUUGUGAAGCUCUUGCUCCAACGUGGGUACACAGUCAAAGCCACUGUCAGGGACCCAAAUGAUCCGAAGAAAACAGAUCAUUUACUUUCCCUUGAUGGAGCUAAAGAAAGACUUCAAUUAUUCAAAGCAAGUUUACUGGAAGAAGGAUCUUUUGAUUCUGUAGUUGAUGGUUGCCAAGGUGUUUUUCAUACAGCAUCCCCUGCUAGUUUUGCAGCCAGUGACCCACAGUCAGAAUUAAUUGAUCCAGCAGUGGAGGGAACACUUAACGUUCUUAGAUCAUGUGCAAAAGCUGCUUCUAUCAAGAGAGUGAUUGUAACGUCUUCUUUGGCUUCAGUUAUACGCAACAGAAAACUUUUGACCCCGGAUGUAGUUGUCGACGAGACUUGGUUUUCAGAUCCAGUUAUGUGUAAGGAGUUGAAGCUCUGGUAUCAGCUCUCAAAAACCUUAGCUGAGGAGGCUGCUUGGAAGUUUGCUGAAGAGUGUGGCAUUGACUUGGUAGCAAUAAAUCCAGGGUUUUCAAUUGGUCCCCUCAUACAGCCAACUCCUACUUCUAGUAUGAUAGGUUUUCUGAAUAGGAUAAAAGUUCAAGUGUUUCCAGAUGGAAUUUACAAUUUUGUUGAUGUUAGAGAUGUUGCACAUGCACAUAUUCAGGCACUUGAAACUCCCGCUGCUAAUGGCAGAUAUUGUUUAGUGGGAAGUGUUGCACACUAUUCAGAGACUUGCAAGAUAUUGCACAAACUCUACCCGAGUUUGCACCUACCUGAAAAAGAUGAAGAUGACAUACCUUUGCGUCCAUUGCACAAGGUAUCCCAAGACAAAGCCAAAAGUUUGGGAGUUAGCUUCAUUCCUUUGGAAAGGAUGAGUGGAGCAGAGAAGGUGGUGUGCGUGACUGGAGCUUCAGGAUUCAUAGCUUCAUGGGUGGUGAAGAUCCUUCUUCAACGUGGGUAUACUGUCAAAGCUACAGUUCGUGACCCAAAUGAUCCAAAGAAAACAGAGUGUUUACUAGCACUUGAUGGAGCUAAAGAAAGACUUCAGUUAUUCAAAGCAAGUUUACUGGAAGAAGGAUGUUUUGAUUCUGUAGUUGAUGGAUGCCAAGGUGUUUUUCAUAUAGCAUCCCCGGUUUUUUUCACGGCCAAUGACCCACAGUCAGAAAUAAUUGAUCCAGCAGUGAAGGGAACUCUUAACGUUCUUAGAUCAUGUUCAAAAGUUCCUUCUAUCAAGAGAGUGAUUAUAACAUCUUCUAUGGCUUCAGUUAUGUUCAACGGAAAACCUAUGACCCCUGAUGUAGUUGUGGAUGAGACUUGGUUUUCAGAUCCAGUUAUAUGUAAAGAGGAGAAGCUCUGGUAUCAUCUCUCAAAAACCUUAGCUGAGGAGGCUGCUUGGAAGUUUUCUGAAGAGUGUGGCAUUGACUUGGUAGUAAUAAACCCAGGCUUUGUUAUUGGUCCAAUCAUACAGCAAACUCCUACUUUUAGCAUUGAGGGAUUUCUGAAGCUUGUGAAUGGGACUCAAACAUUUCCUGAUGGAAUUUAUAGAUUUGUUGAUGUUAGAGAUGUUGCGCAUGCACAUAUUCAGGCAUUUGAGACUCCUGCUGCUAGUGGCAAAUAUUGUUUAGUUGGAAGAGUUGCACACUAUUCUGAGGUUUUCAAGAUAUUGCACAAACUUUACCCAAGUUUGCAUCUACCUGAAAUAUUUGAAGAUGACAAGCCUUUGCUGCCGCUCUACAAGGUUUCCCAUGAGAAAGCCAAAAGUUUGGGUAUUAGCUUCACUCCUUUGGAAGUGACUCUUGGGGACACUAUUGAAAGCAUGAAGGAAAAAGGCUUCCUCACUGUCUGAAUGUUAUUAAAAGGGAACCCACGCAAAUUGUUAUCAACCUGUUCAGUUUGGCAAGAAUAAAAUAUUUGGUAUCUUUCCUUCCAAAUAAUGUAAUCUCGAGUGAAACAUUUGGGAGUAUCUUUUCUUUCAAAUAAUGUAAUCUCUUAGGAGAAAACUAGGGGUAUUUUUCCUAAUUACUUUUACCAAUUGUUUGUGGUGUUUGGUUUGGGGAAUCUUGAACAAAAGGUAAUUACUUUUACCAGUUGUAUGUGGUGUUUGGUUUGGAGAAUCUUGAACAAAAGGUAAUUACUUUUACCA